CAUAUUCCGGGAAGACGCGCUCCCUAAGAACAAAACACACACUCCCUUUGUCAAUGCGGCUCCUUGCCGCUGGAAAUUGAUCAGUAGAAGUACUGCUGUAGCCUAUCAUUAGCCAACGGUGACAUUCACUAAGCUGCGCGCUCAGACUGGCAGGUUGCUGUACUAGCACUAUGGAGGACAACCCCAAGGAUGAUAGCGCUACGAAGGGACAGGAAUCGAUUUCCUACCAACGAAGGAUGUGGAAGAAUUUCCAAGACAAAACCAAACCGUUUUUGAGCCCCAAAUUGGGCUCUGGGCGUCGCAGUCCCGACAGUAAAAAGGAGACCGGGUUAUGGAUGUUUAAAAGAAAAAAGAAAGAGCUAGACCGUUUCUUUUCGUCCUCACAGCCCAAUCUCUGCUGCUCUACCCCGGCGCCUUUCCUGGCUGACCAGUCCCUCGGUGGUACAGCGCCUGGGAGCAGCAGCACCGGGCAACCUCUGCAUCAGCUACUGGGGGCCGAUGGAGCGUCCGCGAGCAAGCCAGAGCUAACGGGACAUGACAGCCCGAAACUCAUUGUCUCCCAUUUAAUCCUGUCCCAUCAGAAGAGCUCCUCUCUUGGCUCUGCAUGCUUCGAGAAGCUAGUAGUAGAAUCUUCGGUCGUUGGAGAGGAGGAACAGUUGCGCAAAAACGCCAGUGAUUCCAUUCAUGAGAGUGUGGAGGAAGUAAAUGUGAUCUGA